AUGGCGGCACGUGAGAUGUCCAUGGGCGUGGUCCCUAUGAAUGACGAGGUGGGAGACAUCGGCGGCAGCGGGCUGCCCUCCACCAUCCUCGACAACAUCCGCUCCGCCUUCGCCAAGGUCGCUGCCGGCAAGGACAACAACGAGGAAAAGUAUGCCGUCGUCAUGCCUGACGAGCUGCUGUAUGACGACGAUGGCCUCGACAUCUGGGCCGAGAUCAUCUUCACAAAGGGGAACUACCAGACACAGGACGAGAUCAAUCUCUUCGAGAGAUACAGUCCCGAGAUCGCGGAAUACAUGCCGAAUGGCACCACCAUGUUUGACAUUGGUGCUGGCGACAUGAAAAAGGUCAACAUCCUCCUGACCCACCUCAACAAGAUAGGACGCAAGGCGACCUACCUGGGCCUCGACAUCUCCCAAGACUCUCUGCUCUACAACAUCCACAAGUACGCGCCCGGCCACGAGGACAGCACCGUGAGCAUGGCGGGGCUCUGGGGCAACUUCGACCUCGGCCGCGCGUACUGCUCGGCCCUGCCCGACACCGAGGAGCCGCGCAUCUUCCUGUCGCUGGGCUCCGUCUUCUUCAACAACCGGUGGGACAACGCCGUUGACUUCCUCAAGGAGUGGGCCGCCGUCAUGCGCCCCCAGGACCUGAUCCUCGCCGGCAUGGACAGCCACGAGAUCACCGACGACAAGAUCUGGGCCGCCUACCACGCGCGGGAGGACCUCUUCAGGGCCUUCUUCGAGAACGGCCUCAAGCACGCCAACAAGCUCCUCAAGGAGGACGUCUUCAGGCCCGAGGACUGGUCCGUCCCCGGCGAGAUCGACGAGGAGGAUUCGCGCCACGUCUUCUACCUCACGGCGGAGCGCGACGUCGUCGUCGGCGCCGCCGCUACCGGGACCGGCAAGGAGCUGGCCAUCAAGAAGGGCACCAAGCUGGAGUGGUUCGACGCCCACAAGCGGACGCAGAAGAUGGUCGAGGACAUGUGUGCCGAGGCCGGCCUCGAGGUCAUCAAGUCCUGGGCGAUCGCGCCCUCCGAGAUGCGGCAGUACCUCAUCCGCCGCGUCCCCGAGAAGGGAGCCGAGACCGUGUACAGCGACAGUGAUAGUGGCAUUGUCGUCGUCCAUGAAGUCUAG